AUGAGAGUGAGAGAGAGAGAAGAGAGCCCAGCUGGGCCUCCCAACUCCAAGCCGGCCCAUCCCCGUGGCCCACCUAAGCCAAACCCUAGCCCGAUCGAAUCCCCAUCUCUCCCUCUGCCGCCGCCUCCUGCUCGAUCCCCCUGCUCUCGCUCGUCUCCCUCUCCUCCUCUCGCGCUGUCAUCCACGCACAGGAGAGGGAUCCCGAUCCCGCAGUGCCGCUACCUCGCUCUCAAUCCCCAUCUCUCCCAAUGCCCCCUCACUUGCGCCGCCAGGGUGAGCCCCGGCUCGAUCCCCUUUCCCCUCCACUCGUCUCCCUCCUCGCGCCAGGGAGUGAGCUCCCUUGUCCACACCGUCCUCCGGGUCGUCGCUGCCGGGCGCCUCCUUCUCCUCCCCGUAGCUCCUCCGCCGUGGCUGCACCUUCACCACCACACACGCGUCACUGCCCGCGCCACGACCAAGCGGGCCUCCUGCACCAACGUGGUUGCGCUGCAGCGCGUCCUCCGUUGCCGGCGUGAAGCCUCGCCUGAGACCGCCCUGCUUGGCCUCUGCACCGCGCCGCCCCUUCGACCCGCCGCGUCCUCGCGUCUCCCUUCCUCGUCCCGCACCCGAGCCGUCCCCGAGCGCCUCCUCCUUGCUGCUUCGCCUGUCACCGAACAGGAGCUCCGCCUCCUCGAUUGCUGGUUCGGCUGUCGUCGCUGCUGCCCCUCCCCGACCUCCGGCCUUGUCCAGGGCUCCAAGCCAUCCCUGCCAUCACCUCUUCGGGCGCCGCUGUUCGUCAUCGUUGCCACCCCAGGCCCCGUGCUGCCACUGACCACCACCAUCGCCUCCUCGCUGCUGCCCACCCGAGGCCCUUGUAUUGCUUCGUUUCGGGUCAUCAAGACCAACAAGUUCGCCUACAUGGCCUCUACGUUGAACGACUGA